AGCGAGAUGAGCGGGGCAGGGUCUGCGGGCACGGCCGGGGGGCUGCGGGUAGAGGGGCUGCCACCGCUACCCAAAAGCCUGAGCGGGCUGCUGCACUCGGCGGCGGGCGGCGCGGCGGGCGGCUGGCGACACCUGGAGCGGCUGUACGCGCAGAAGUCGCGCAUCCAGGACGAGCUGAGCAGAGGGGGCGCGGGCGGCGGCGGGGCGCGGGCUGCGGGGACCCGGACCAAGCCCCCCAACCUGGACGCCGCGCUGGCGCUGUUGCGCAAGGAGAUGGUUGGCCUGCGACAGCUGGACAUGUCCUUGCUCUGCCAACUGUACAGCCUCUAUGAGUCCAUUCAGGAGUACAAGGGAGCGUGCCAGGCAGCCUCCAGCCUGGACUGCACCUAUGCUCUGGAGAACGGCUUCUUCGAUGACGACGAGGACUUCCAGGAGCAGGGCUCGCUCCGAGAAGGCCAGGGCCGAGGCCCUCCCCGGGACUUGUCACUGCCUGUGAGCCACCUCUCCAGCAGCGACUGGAUUCUGGAGUCUCUCUAGCACCCCUGGAGUUCAUCAACACAGACAGACUGGCAGUAUCUGUUUCUCUUCUUGCAAGAAAGCACGUUAGACUCUCCAUGGUGGAUGGUUCAUGGGCACGUGGGGACCGGUGCCUCCAGUCUAAUUUGUGGAUAAGGAGUUUGUUGACAAGUGGGACAGCCUGCUCAGUUGGCUGCAGGGUCUCCCUGGUGACCUAGAGGCCUGUUAGCAUAUCCCUGGCAUCCUGAGUGGCACCUGCCGGAGGCUGUGACAGAAGGAAAGCCUUCAUGGGCCUUCUGGGGGAGCUUGCUCUCAGCCAGCUUCUUUGUAGGUGGCAGGCGUGUUGUAUCCUCUUUGUUUAAGAAUGCCGUGCUGGUGUGUGAGAUGUGGAAACCAUUUCCCCGCCAGAGUCCCCAAGGUGGUCUUCAUCUUUUCUUGCUGUCACUGAGCUGUUAGCUUCUUUGCUCAGAUUUCUUUGAAAGUUGCGUCACUGAGUCGUGAGAACUUUCUGGAAGGAGGAAAUAUUCUGCCACUCUGGUCAGCCACUUUUCUGCAACUACCAAAACUGACAUCCGGCAAAGGUAAAGGGGAAAACUUGAACGAAUACACCCUGAAUGGAGAGAGAAAACCUGGGACACCAUGAAUGACGGUUGACAGCUACAGACUGUAGACUGCCGUGGGAAAGCAGUCCUUCCAAGCCUUGAUCUAUUUAUUAAAACUCUUUCAUGAGAGCGUCACACUGUCGGUUAAACAUGGAUAGAGUGCACAAG